AUGUCCCCUAAUCAUCUCGAACGGCUUUCUAAGCUGCCGCGGGGACGUCGAGCAGAUGCCCCCUGUCCCUUCUCCACACACAAUGCCGACCACGCGGACGCAUGUCAUGUCUCGUUCGGAGGACUUCUCCUCAUUUUGCUCCUUACGACCGGCUCCAGAGGGACCCGGGAUUUUCGCAAACUACAAACACCUGUCAAGGCACAGCAGCGAGCCUCACCAGACGAGCUUGCGGUAUCGGCCAUGUCAAAACGCAGCUGGUCGGAUGCCAACGAGGGCAUGGAAUUCAUGACGCUGAUCACGGCUGGAAAUGGCGAGCAGUCGUUUCCGCAGAUAUCUCGGAAAAUCAAGGCGUGUGCGGCGUGCCGAAAACACAAGAUAAAAUGUUUGAUGGACGAGAGUGGCCCGCCAUGCCGUCGAUGUGCUGAACGAAAUCUGGGUUGCGUGCUGGGGAAGAACUUGCAAAGCAUAAUCGACGAGAAGACUCAAUACAACGAAGCCCUUCUCCAAGACAUCGAGAACCUGCACAACACACUCAAGGAAGUCUCCAAGAAAGUCGGUCUACCUGAACCCGCUGCUCUUCAAUGUUCAGCGCUGCAGAAGUCCGCGGAGUCGCCCUCACAGCCAACCCGUUCGGUCCAUGGCGUGAGCGGGAACGGAUACCGUCUAGGAGUGUCCGUGCAAGACAACCACGGUCCAUCUUGCGACAACUCGCCCAAGAUCUCACCAGAAGACGAGAACCUCCCCCACGUACCGAUUCAUUCACUCUACGCCCUUACGAAACUGAGAGCUCUGAGGUCACCAGACGCCCCGGAGGGUCACUCGAGCCCUGCUCGGGACGAUUUCAUCUCCAGAGGCGCCUUGCAACUGGAAGACGCUGAGCGUCUUUUCCGCCUCUACCGAGACCGUCUCGAUGCCUUCAUGUACGGUGUUGGGUGCAAGUACCAACAGCUGGAGGAGCUGAGACGCAAGAGCCCGAUCCUGACCGCGGCAACUUUGACCGUCGCCGCUCUUCACGAUCCCCAGUCCAACAGCUUGUACGGUAUUUGCAGCUCAGAAUUCCGCACCCUAACGGAACGAUCCAUGUUCGACCGAAGAGUCAAUCGUGACUAUCUUCGCGCCAUGUGCGUGGCGUCGUACUGGCUGAGUGACGUGAGCUGGAUGCUUUCGGGGUACGCGAUACGAAGAGCGGCCGAGUGCAACUUGCACAACAGCUACACCCGCGCCAUCGAGGAGAAGAGUGAGGAGGCCGCCGACGGGGCGCGCUUAUGGUACAUCCUCAACAUCUGCGACCAACACCUUGCCACUCUCUAUGGGCGGCCUGCCAUAGUGCAGGAAGACUCUUCAAUGCAACAGUGGGAGAGCUUCCUAAAGUCUCCCAUGUCGACCGAGGAGGACAAGCGCCUGGCAAGCCAGGUGGCCCUUCUUGGAAUAAUCGGCAGCAUUAGGGAGUUAUUCGGCCCUGACAAGGGCCAACCGACGCCGCGGGCCUAUGUUCAUCAGAUCACUCACUUCAGCAAACAACUGGACCACUGGAUCAAGCACUGGUCAGAAACUUUGCCAGAACAGUAUCAACACAUCGGCCGCUUCCCUCGAAAGGGGGCAUUGUUACACUUCCAUUUCGCAAAGCUUCACCUCUACUCGCACAUCUUUCGAGGCCUCUCGGGCGACAGCCCGAUACCCCAUCACUUCCUCGACUGUGCGGCAUCGGCCAUCUCCGUCGCGACCUCCACGAUCGACUUCAUCAUCACCGAUCCGGAUGUCGCGGCCGGGGUCGUGGGGAUGCCGUCCUACCUGCACUGCAUGACUGCCUUCGCGUGCAUGUUCCUGAUCAAGGUCGCGGUCAAGUACGGCGGAGACCUCGUCGAGCCGCAGCGCGUAUGGGGCCUCACGACUGAUCUCGUACGGCACUUUCGGUCUCUGCCGGCGGGCCGGUGGCAUUUGGCGAAUCUCAUGGCGCCGGGCCUUGAGCGUAUGGUUGCGACGCUGAAGCCCGGUUCAUCGGGCGAGCCUGGUCACCAUCACUCGCACGUCCAGACUGUCAACACUGGGGAUCGUCUCAAUACCAACGGCGUCAUCGAUGCUCAGGUUUCGGGUUCGAAUGCGGAUGGAACUUUGAUGGGCCCCGAAGGGGAAUUCUUCUUUGACUACGACAUGAGUUUUGGGCUGUCUCCGGUCUUCCAAUUCGACAUGUCGUCCUUGAACACCGAUACUCAGACUAUGACUGGCCAAGAUUUCACCCAAGUUGACUACCAAACGACAAGGCCUGGCAUUUGA